GUGAAACGGAACAGAGGCGCAAUCACUUCUCAGAAAGGACGGAAAAGACCGUAGUCAGUCCCGGCCACACCAUUCGAUCGGUUUUACGCACCCCAACGCAAUAAGAUUACAUUACCAGAAACUUGGCCUCACAGAGAGAGAUUAGCCAUGUCGGGACAGAGGAAAGGAGCUGCAGCGCGCCUGCCAAAAUGUGCCUUCUGCAGAACCAACCGGGAGAAGGAAUGUGGACAGCUGCUCAUUUCAGACAACCAGAAGGUGGCAGCCCACCAUAAGUGCAUGCUUUUCUCUUCUGCCCUGGUCACAUCUCACUCAGACAGUGACAACAUUGGAGGGUUUUCCAUUGAGGAUGUAAAAAAGGAGAUCAAAAGGGGGAAUAAACUGAUGUGUUCUUCAUGUCAUCGACCUGGUGCAACUAUUGGCUGUGAUGUAAAGACAUGUCGGAGGACAUAUCACUACUACUGUGCUCUGAAGGACAGGGCCCAAAUCAAAGAAAAUCCUUCACAAGGGAUUUACCUUGUCUACUGUCGCAAACACCGGGAUGCCUCCCAGCCUGCCAUUGAGGAUGAGGAGGGAGGUGUGGCCAAUGAUUUGGAUUCCUCACCUCCACAAAGUCGGGGCCGUGGAAGGUUUGAGAAGGGAAGAAGCAAGGCUGGAUCUCGCGGACAAUCGGAAGAUGCCCGCUCUACCUCUUCACAGGGCGCAGAGGAGGAGAGUUCAUCACAUCGGGACAGGUCACCUCUGAGGGUGAGCCCCGGCGAUAGCGGGCAGCGCUGUGGUUUCUGCCAUGCUGGUGAGGAGGAGAAUGAAACAAGGGGCAUGCUCCACGCCGACAACUCAAAAAAGGUUGCUGCACACUACAAGUGCAUGCUUUUUUCAUCGGGGACGGUCCAGCUCACAACUACGUCACGGGCUGAAUUUGGAAACUUUGAUGUCAAGACAGUCAUCCAGGAAAUAAAGAGAGGGAAAAGAAUGAAAUGCACACUCUGCACUCAGUUGGGUGCUACAAUUGGGUGUGAGAUCAAAGCCUGUGUGAAGACCUACCACUAUCACUGUGGGCUGCAGGACAAAGCCAAAUAUAUAGAAAACAUGGCUCGUGGCAUCUACAAGCUGUACUGUAAAAACCACAGUGGCAAUGAAGAGAGAGAUGAGGAAGAUGAGGAACGAGAGAAUCGCAGUAGAGCGAGGGCGGCUAUCGAUCAUGGUAGAACAGUGCCCCCAUCACAAGUCAAUGGCAACUAGGUUGUGAACAAAAACGAUGAUUUCAAAGAUGACGAAGAGACAUUUUCUUUUAUACUGAAUAACGAUCCUCACAAGUUCACGGCCUACAACCCUUCUCAGCUGCGCAUACCCCCCCCCCCCGCACGCCACUAGACAAAUACAUCAGCCUGACGCUCAUCUGUUCUCUUCAUCAACCCUUCUUACCGUAUUCCUCAAUAUCUGGAUGAGCCUCUCGCAGACUGGUGGUGCUCUGCAGAGAGCAAAGGACUGCUCCAGGGUAACAAAGGACAUGGCUAAUCUUUCCCAAGCCUAAAUUGUGGGCCUGCGUAAUAAGAAGAUGUAAUAUUGGCCAUGGCUUGAGUUAUGAAUGGACAAAUAUCUUGAUUGUUACCGACUGCCUCACAGUCUACAUGAGCUAAUACAGAACCAGUUUGGCUUUUAAAGGACUCACUUUUUAAAGGUAGAAUGAGUAGGAUUUUCCUAAAAAUCAAUGUAUAGACUCACAAAAAUAAUCCCUCUCAAUCAUCACUUAUGACCCACUAGACAUGUGUGGCAGUGUCUGUAUCUGCAGAGAUCCUGUCAUCUGCCUGUAUUUUCUUGUUUUGCUGAGUACGGGACGUUUCUGGGUGUUAACCUUUGGACAGCGGGACUCUAAAAAACAUAGCGACCAGGUACCAGAUUAAGAUUGUAAGCAGGCAUCAAAGAGGAAGCUACGGCAAUGGUGGACACAGCCGGCAGGGUUCCCACGUGUCAUGGAAAACCUGGAAAUCCUGGACUAGUUUUCCAGUCAUGGAAAACACCUGGCAAAUUCAAAAACCUAUAAAAUGUCCUGGAAAUGGACACGAUAUCCUGGAUAGUUACAGAAAUUGUCUGAGAUUACAUUUUAAAAUGUUUUUCUGAGCUCACAUUGCACAUUUUAGACACUGACGCCCCGUUUCAGCGUUGAUACAGCUGUCGUCUUCACCGUUCUGCAGUGCCCUAUUUGUUUGGAAGCGAAACGGGGCUUUGAUCAACAGUGUUUAUGUGAAAUCAAUACAUUUGUGCAUUGUUAGCAUGUUGUUAAGCAUGGUUUUUUAAUUGUUUUUUUACAUGUAAACAUUAAUUUCACGUAGUUUUGAGCUGUUGGCCACUUUGUCCAAUUUGAAUUAUUCUUAGGUGACCUGUGAGCAACGGCAAACAUGUAUAUAAAUCACGGAAUAUGUCCUUUGAAAAAUCAUGGAAAAUUAUUUCCUUUAAAGAGUGGGAACCCUGACAGCGCCGAAAAAGCGCAAAUAUAGCGAGAUGAAACGCCAAGCUGACAAAGCUCGUCGAGAGUGAAUCUGGGGUUGGCUUUCACCCGCUGGUUAGCACUGACGGAGAGAACGGGAAUGAAGAGUGACGCGGGAGUUGGCCUGUACACUGGGAUGUGUUCUGGAAACUGCGAUCAGGGGCGUGUCCUUCCGAUGUCGUUGAGCCGGGGGGAGGGGCCAACUUCGAACGUUGUGUUUACGAACCGCAACCUGACAAAUCCUACUCAUUCUACCUUUAAGAGUGGGGCGCUUACUACGAGUCUCUGAAGUUGUGCGGUUUGAUUACUUUGUUUUUGUAAUCAAAUGUCUUAAGAAACCUCUUUCCAUGUUGGCCUCUAUUGAUAUGUAAUAUUUUGCUACUGUAUCCUUACCAUAAAUAAUUUUGAAUAUCUGGUUUUCAGACAGUCGCAACUUUUUUGGGUCUUUUUUUUGCCAGCAUGCUCUUGGAUAUUUCCACUUUUAAAAGGUGAUAUUUUUUAUUUAGCUGCUGAGGAGCAAUGUAGAGCUCUUUAGAACAAGAGGUGGCUUGACUUGUCUGUUGUGCUGUUCCUUGUAUCUCUAAAAUUGUAUCCAUGAAUAUUGGAAAUAGAAGA